AUGGCGACCUACAGCAACGGCUACAAUUUUAAUCGCAAGACAAAUCCAUUCGAAGAGGACUCUGACGAAGAAUUUGAAAAAGUCAACGGAGAUGAAUUACGUACUCAAAUGCAGCUAUCGAGGGAACGAACAUUGGACAGCACAAAGCGCUCUUUGGCUCUCAUCGAGGACUCGCAUGAUCUGGCCGUCCGUACAGGCGAGGAACUACAAUGCCAAGGAGAACAACUUAAUCGGGUAGAGCGCAAUCUUGACAAGGUACAAGGCGACAUGCGUAUUGCCAACAGACACAUCAAAUCUGUGAACAGUGUAUGGGGUGCUAUUGGUAAUUACUUCAAGAAACCUCCAAAACCCGUUGACAGCACGCCACAAUCAAGUCCAAAGUUUGCCUCUGGUAUCGCCGACUUGCAAGCUGAAUCUUCGCUGUACUACCAUUCGAAAGAAGAUAGAAACGGCUAUGAGGCGGGCCCUAGAGAAAAGGAAAGUUUUCAGAGCAACGUAUUCUCGCCCCGUGAUCCACGCGAAAGGGAAAUAGAGGCUAAUCUAGACCUUAUUUCUCGAGGGCUUGGACGUUUAAAAGAAGAUGCUUUGAUCCUUGGCGGUGAAAUCGAAAGACAAAAUGAACAGUUGGACAGACUGGGCUUUAAAGCAGACGAAGCGUAUCAGACGAUAGAUAAAUCAGAUAAGAAAAUUAGGGGAAUAUUAAGAAAAUAA